UCUGAUCGUCAAUUUGCUACACUCUGUCUUGAUUGUCAACUCACUGCAAUCUCUCUCCACCCCGUGUGUAUAUAUAUCUACUCAUCUUCAUUAACUCCGGCCGCGAAGAAUUGAACUCCAGCGUUUGUUUAAUCAACCAUUUCAGUUUUUAUUUGCUGUCAGAAGUAGAAAAGGUCGUAGUCAUCCGAUAGUGAGGGAGGAUUUAUAGGAAGUUGGAUAAAAUUAUGUCUUCGCUGAUUGAAGGUCUCUCGGAUGAUGUUUUUCUCAUGUGCCUUUCACGUCUUCCCUUGUCCCAGCAUCCGGGUCUGAGCCUGGUUUGCUGUGCCUGGCGAGCUGCUGUUCAGAGUGUUGAAUUAUUAAAAACUCGGCAGGAGGUCAAUUUUACUGAGGAUUUUAUCUGUGUGUCUGCUGAGGAACCUAACAAUGUAUGGCAGCUUUAUGAUCCCCGUGAAAACCUUUGGAUCACCAUCCCAACUCUGCCUUCACAAAUUCACCACAUUUCCUACUUUUCUGCUGUUUCCGUUGCUGGAAAGCUGUUUGUUUUAGGUGGUGGCCAUAAUCCUAAAACCUUAGAAGAAGGCGACGAAGGAAUAUUUGCAACGAAUGAGGUCUGGUCUUAUGAGCCUGUGACCAAAAAGUGGGCAAUUUGUGCGCCCAUGGUCACGCCUCGUAUCAUGUUUGCCUGUGGUGUUGUAAAUGGUAAGAUAGUUGUCGCUGGCGGUUUUGAUGCAAGCAGAAACCCAACAGCGAAAGCAGAAACUUAUGAUCCUGAAAAUAAUGUUUGGAAUUUAAUGCCUGAUCUGAACCAUACAAAUGACAGCCUUUGCCAUGGAGUGGUUGUGAAGGGAAAAAUGCACGUCGUGCAUAUGGGAUUCCCGACAGUGCAGAAAUUUGACAAUGAAGAGCAGGCUUGGAGAACAGACAUAUGUUCAUGGUCAGACAAUCCAGUGGUAGUGGUUCAGGAUGAAAUUUAUGUAAAGAGCUACCAUCGUCGCUGCUAUUACAACAGAAAUGCGGAACAUAAAUCAUUUGGGUUCGAUAAUAAAUUCGGGUCUGGGAUGGCAAGUUUAGGCAAUAAAAUAUGUAUCUUUGGUGGAGUUGAAAAGAAUCAGACCCCGUAUGGGCUGCCUUUCCCGAACUCUGAUGUUACUGUUUUGAGAUUUGGUCGUAGCGGACCACCUGCUCUCGGUGUAGCAGCUCCGAUGACUCGUUGUCGAGGAAUCAUACUCGCGUGUACAUCGAUGCGAGUGUAGAAAUCAAAGUGGACCACCUGCUUGCCGUGUAGCAGCUCCGAUCAUGACUCAAUGAGGAAUCGUACUCACUUGUACAUCAAUGCAAGUGUAGAAAUUAAAGUCCGAGCAUGGGUUAUGUUUGCUGGACUGCGAUGGUUUCGGUCUCUAACCAUCACUGCUUCAUUGAGAGGCUGACAUUGUUACUUUAUUAGUUAACUUUCUUUAGUUUGGAUGUCAAUGGCAUAUUCAUUAUGUUUUGUCUAGCAUGUGGCUAAGUAUUUGAGUUUUACCGCGGGCGGGUUAAAU